GGAACCAAACCUUCUCUUUGGGAAGAGGUCGACGAAGCGAGCCGCACGCCACACGCCUCUCGAGCCAGCUGAGAUUCAUCUUACUCCCUACAUUCGGGCACGCCGGGCGCCAAAUAUGGCAGGGACGAUGCGACUUCAUCAUCCUUAAGCGAGAAGUCAUCUGGAUUAGGUUGAGGGACUGGCACCAGAGGAGCACGCCUUGGGCGUUGCCUGAGCCUCAUAUAUCCUGACAAUCCUCACGCAAACAGUCGUAAGUCCCUCUCUACUGCCUUUCGUUCUCUGAACGUGUCCCCUCGUUUUCAAAGAAGCAUUUCGUCCUUCAUAUCAGUCAUUACAGUCAAGAUGAAGGCUUUCGUCUCCACCCUUUUCGUUUCUGCAGUUGCAGCCUCGUUGGUCGAGCUUGACCUCCACGCACGAGGACGACCUCACCGUGGGCACCAUGGCUGCUCCCGUGUUCAGCAACAGUGCGCGGGCGCGCAAGCCGAAAGCGCCUACCAAUGGUGCCCCCAUAACGCUCACACCGUGACCGUGACCCACACCGCUGCCCGAACCACCAGCACCGUCACUUCAACCAGCACCGCGUCAGCCUCGACCACCACGACCACCACAAUCACUGUGUUGCCCACCUGCACCCAGGCUACGCCGGUGACCAAGAAGCGCAAUGCGGCGCGAAAGGCCCAACAGCUCGUGAAGAAAGGACAAACCGGCGGCGCCCCCUCGUGUCUUGGGCCGAGCCCGUGGGAGGCGUGCAGCUGCCUGCACCCCACAACUACCACCAUUACCGUCACCCCGAGCGUGGCUCUCACCACCACUCUCACAACGAUCACAUCGACUGCAACGCUCACGUCCACGGAGACCGUUCAAGGCCCGUUUAACAUCAUGGGCGUUCAAGGCACCAAGACACAAGGCUUCCCCAUUGCGUCGUCUGCUCCCGACUUCGCCGUAGGCACAACACCUCAGUCGGGAGGGGGUUUUCCCUUUGUGAGCUACGACUCAACCUCCGCCGACGCGUUCUACCUGACCUCCAACGGCACGCUACUGGACUCGACGUUCACAGACGCCAACGGCAACCCCUACAUCGCCUUCCAAUACACUGAUUUCUCCACUCCCGAAGGUGGCAACGCGCCUGUCACCAUUGCUCCCGGGAGCACCGUCUACUCCAGCGGUGGCUACCAGCCCCUCGUGUGCUUCCUCGACCCCAACAACUGCAGGCUGGACUGUCGUGCCAAUGGCAACGAGAAUAACUUCCAGUGCUACUAUAACUACCUCAACGAGUGGUACAUUGCGCCGAGUCCAGUUUCCCCCUCGCAGUGCUAUGUCUUCUCGCCUCAAAUCACAUAUGGGGCGGUCGUGUUGUAGAGCCUUGCCACCAUUGAUCCCUAUCCUGCUGGGAGGAAGUUGGAUUACUUUUGCCAUUCCCGUCACAACAUAUCUCGGCUUUACGUUUCGAUUCUUGUCUAAUCAGGCGGUGGAUCAAUGUCAUCGCUAUAUAUUACUCCGCAAGAGACGCAUGCUUCCUGCUCGUCUUGACCACACUUUCAAUUCUCUGCUUCGCAACACCUGCAAGCCUGUCUCAAGUUGCGUGAAUUUUGAUCUAUCAAAUGCCGAACAUGUGGAGCGCGUACCAGUGCAACAGCGGCAAUCUUUAC